AUGGGUCCAACACGACUGCCAUCGCAAGGCGUUGGGCCCGCUCACACAAUUCGACCUGACUUACGCCAAGCGAGCCUCCUCACUGUAUUCGCGAGGCCAUUGGAGAAGGGCAGUUCUCUGAAGCCCGUGAGACCUGCAGCCCUGGAAAGACUACGAGGAGUAAAGAUCAACCAGUUUGACCACAGGAAAAUUUCUAAUAUGGAACUAACACUUGAACGUAAACGACUGAGGAAACCAAAUCUAAAAUCAAGAAACCAACCAGAUGUGUACGGAAAUAGAACGCGGAGUGUUCAGCCCCUCCUAUGCCUACUUUCUCAAGAUACCAAAACAUUGAUUGAAGCUAUUGAGAAGAAUAUUCAUGUUAGUUUUGGAACUUGUAGAUUUCAUUCAUCUUUAAUUUUAUUUUUAGUUCUUCACAAGAGAAAAUCAGGUGCUACAGAUUCUAACAAAACUAGUGGACCAAACAAAUCCGUUUUCAAUAUUGAAGUAAACAAGUUACCCAAUUUUUUCUUCUAUGCUUUUGUUUGGAAGUGUACCGCUUUAUUAUGUCAAUAAAUUCUCUGAACUCUCAUGUACAAAUAUUUACUCUGAACACUUUAGGGUUAACUCUUAGACAGGAACUUAAUAGUACUAGUUGAACCCUACAGAAAUGUUCGCACAUUGUGCACGAUAAUGGUUAUUG